CUCGCACAAACACACACUCGUACACGCCCGCGCCGCGCGCUCGCUCGCUCGCUCUCCCACGCAGGCGGAAUGCAGCAGAGCCUGGGGAGCGUGUCCCCGGCCGCCGACUGAAUGCACCUCUCCUCCAGCCGCGGGACUGCCCAGUAGGGCGCGCGGGAAGACGCUCCGCCACGGGAGCCUGGACAGUUUUAGACGGGGCAUCCCUGCUUCGUGGCGUAAGAGAUGGCUGUAGGAAACAACACUCAGCGAAGUUAUUCCAUCAUCCCGUGUUUUAUAUUUGUUGAGCUUGUCAUCAUGGCUGGGACAGUGCUGCUUGCCUACUACUUCGAAUGCACUGACACUUUUCAGGUGCAUAUCCAAGGAUUCUUCUGUCAGGACGGAGACUUAAUGAAGCCUUACCCGGGGACGGAGGAAGAAAGCUUCAUCACCCCUCUGGUGCUCUAUUGUGUGCUGGCUGCCACUCCGACUGCUAUUAUUUUUAUUGGUGAGAUAUCCAUGUAUUUCAUAAAGUCAACCAGAGAAUCUCUAAUUGCCCAAGAAAAAACAAUCCUGACCGGAGAAUGCUGUUACCUGAACCCCUUACUCCGAAGGAUCAUAAGAUUCAUAGGGGUAUUUGCCUUCGGACUUUUUGCUACUGACAUUUUUGUAAAUGCCGGACAAGUGGUCACGGGGCACCUAACGCCAUACUUCCUGACAGUGUGCAAGCCCAACUACACGAGUGCAGACUGCCGCGCCCACCACCAGUUCAUCAACAACGGCAACAUCUGUACCGGGGACAUGGAGGUGAUAGAAAAGGCUCGGAGAUCCUUUCCCUCCAAACACGCCGCUCUGAGCAUCUAUUCCGCCUUAUACGCCACGAUGUACAUCACAAGCACAAUCAAGACAAAGAGCAGUCGACUCGCUAAACCAGUGCUGUGCCUCGGGACCCUCUGCACAGCCUUCCUGACAGGCCUCAAUCGGGUCUCUGAGUAUCGGAACCACUGCUCCGACGUGAUUGCGGGCUUCAUCCUGGGCACUGCGGUAGCCCUCUUUCUGGGAAUGUGUGUGGUCCAUAAUUUUAAAGGAACGCAAGGAUCUCCUUCCAAACCCAAACCCGAGGAUCCCCGUGGAGUGCCCCUAAUGGCUUUCCCAAGGAUAGAAAGCCCUCUGGAGACCUUGAGUGCACAGAAUCACUCUGCCUCCAUGACCGAAGUCACCUGAGACAGCUGAUGUGUCACAAGCUGUUUUUUUUUAUCACCCUCCAAUUCGAUACUUCAAGACACACAGUUACUUGAUGUCAAAACUGUGAAGACAAGUAUUAUGUUUAUCUAGUUAGAGGCUAAUGUUUUGUACAUUUUUUUGUAUGAGGAAGUGAUGUAGCUUGCCCUGAUUUUUUUGGUCAGCUUUAAUAUAUUUAUGCCAGAAUUUUACACCAACAAAAUUUUCUUCUUGUUCCAGUGUGCAUUGAAGAACCACAUUGAUUCAAUGAUUGAUGUUGUUUUGUGAUAUUUGUACACAGACCUUCUUUUCUCAGUUUUAUAGGCACAGAAAUAAAAUUAAUAUAACAAUUCACUUACCCCUUUAUUACUACACUUGCUGCCUCCUCCAGAACUUUUAAAUUUUAACAAAAGUUAACUUUUGAGUUGUAGGGAGGGCAAUGUUGGUUAAUGGUAAAUCUCAAAAUCAAUUGGGCAGAAACAUUCCUUUCACAAAGAACUUUGUGUUCUUGUCUCUUAACCUAUUUUGUAUUCUAAGUUAAAGUUCUAUAUUAGUGAAGUCACUUACUUACAUAAACAAGCGGCAGAGACUCCUGGAUUUGAGGAUGUUGGGGUUACAUGGUUCUCUCUUCGAUAAAGGCUUCUCCCAUCCAAGAAACUCAAGAUCUUUCCGGAAUCAUGCCCUUGUGCUGGCAGGUGACUCUGCAUUCUUCUUUCCAAAAAGCAAACAGUCCCAGUCUCCCCUGUCAACUCAACAGUUUUGUACAUCAUAUUGUAUGGACUUUCUAUAAAAAUGAAUAUUUUACAGUUUGCACAGUAUUAUUUUACAGAUAGGGUAUCAGAGCAUCUACAACCUAGAGCCACAGAGCAACAGCUUGGCUUUGUGGCUUUUAAUUGUUCUAAAGUUUUAACUGCAUCUCAUUUUUCUAGCAUGGUAAUAACUAACGUGUAACUCCUUUCAGAGAAGGGGCUCCCUUGUCUGUACCUAUCAGAAUGUUUUCUUGACAUUUCAUGUUGGCUCUUCUUAGCUUUUUUUUUUUUUGUACAUAUUUU